CGGAUGGCAGCACGCAACUUGGAUGUGCUGUGCAAUGCACGCGACUUCUGCGAUCUGCGUGACACACUCCCGCCGUUCAUCACAGACGAUGAGAUGUUCCUGCUCGACGAUCUGGCCGGGGACAUGCUGAUUGACUUAGGAAGCGGCUUUGCGCCUGAUGCACAGGGUCCAGCGCUCGUGGGCGUCUCGCCAUUCGGAGCCUCGCCCGAACCGGCGCCGGUGCCGGUGCCGGUGGGCCAGCCCGAACCGGCGCCGGUGCCGGUGCCGAUGGUCCAGCCAGAGCAGCAUUGCCCUGACAUGCCCUUGCCCUUGCCCUUGCCGGAAGCCGCCUUGCCGGAAGACGAGGCACUGGACGAGCAGGCGGCCCUCGUGGAAAUCGCACUCAUCAAUUUUGCAGCGUACAACGACCUUCUCCCGGGCAGCGUGAGCAUUGCGCGUGUUGAGGCCACCUCUGCCGGCAUCACCGGCUGGGCUGGGGCUGCGCCGCUGUCGCCGCCCGCCACCUCGGCCUGCAAGCGCGGUGCACCAGAGGAGGAGGAGGAGGAGACGACUGAGUGGGAGAUCGUAGAGGCUGUCGUCCCUGCCGCCAAGCGCGCACGCCGAUGCGAUCUCGAGGAGGAGGCGUCCCUGCGCCGCGCUCUCCUCGCGUCUGUCGGCGUCGUCCUUCCAGCGGCGGACGUCCCGCUCGACGAGGAGGUCUCCCCCGCCCUUUACGACGAGGAGGAGGAGGACGAGGAGCUACAGGGCGUGACGAUGGCGGAGGAGGAGGGUUUCGAGGUGGUGGCGGCGAAGGCCGGGCGCCCACCGUCGGUCAACCGCAAAAGCUGGCAGUGGAAGCAGGUUGAGGGGAGCGUCGCUCUCAGCGGUUCGGCGCCGCGGCCGCAGCGCGGCGCCGGCGGCCUGAGCCAUGGCCUCGACACCUCGACACCAAACCUCGACACCCCCUCGACACCUCUAUCCCUCGACACUGGCUCGACAGACUCGACACCGGGCCUCGACACCUCGACACCAAGGCUCAGGCGGCCGCCGCCGGCAACCGAGGAUGACGACCUCGACGAGCAGUGGGAGCUCGUCUGAGGAGAUUUUACGAUCGGGCGCGCCAUGAUGUGUUCUCCCGCUAUAGCACAGUGGUGUGAGUUAGCGCGCCCGAAUGGUGGCUCCACACUUAUGCUUUCUCUGUACGGCAUGCCUCCUCGUCGUGAGACGUACACACGAGAUGCCGCCACACACGGAAGACGACGGAACACAGGCCCGUGUGUAACACGUAAAACACGUGUAUAUGGG